AGUUUACCAGCAGAUUAGCGCUUACUUGUUUAUUAGGGGUGUAGCUCCUGGUCUUGGAUCGAGCAUCCUGAGUAUUUUAUGACAUUUCGGACUCCUUGCAGGGAGCAACAUGGAAACAUGAGGAGGUGAAGGUGGCAGAGCGGUAAUCCUGCAUGUCGGCGCUUUUUGGGAAAGGAUGAGAGAUCUUCAGGGCAUUGACAGCUUGCUCUUGAAAGAGCUGAAAUCAUGCUGUGCCAAAGAGUACAGUUUCCUGCCCAGGGAAACGGGCCUGAACCUGAUGGAGUCCACAUCUCCAGAGAUUCGCAGUGGAGUGUCUGCGAAAUGCAGAGACAGCAAAGUGGAGGAGCUGUGGAGCCUGACCAGUUUCUUUGGCUACAGGACGCAGACCUUUGUGCAGGCUGUCAAUUUGCUCGACAGAUUUCUCACCAUCAUGAAGGUCCAGCCCAAACACGUGCCCUGCAUCGGAGUGUGCUGUCUGCAUAUAGCUGCCAAAAUGGUUGAGGAGGAGAGCGACGUCUCACCCACUCACGAACUCAUUCGCAUCAGCCAGAGCAGGUUCACCGUGUCCGACCUCAGCCGUAUGGAGAAAAUCAUUUCGGAGAAACUCAGCGUGGAUCCCAACGCAGUGACGGCCCUGACCUUCCUGCACCUCUACCACUCGGCCACCGCCUCCUUGUUAGCUGAAAGGGAGGAGAUCCCAAGCAUUGGGAGGCUGGAAGUGCAGCUAAAAGCCUGCUUAUGCCGGCUUGUUUUCUCUAAAGCAAAACCGUCAGUGCUGGCGUUGUCCCUCAUUGCUCAGGAGUUUGAAGCCCUUCAGUCAGUCCCGUUGUUGAAGAUUAUCCAGCAAUUCCAAAAGCAUCUAAAGAUCAGCGACAGUGAGCUGCUCCACUGGAAGGAACUCGUGACCAAAUGCAUGAUCGAAUACCAUUCGAGUGAAUGCACCAAACCGGAUAACAAGAAGCUCCUUUGGAUCGUGUCCAGGAGAACAGCUCAAAGUCUGCAGAACUGUCACUUUAGUGUUCCAGGCCUGCCGACGAUUCCUGAGAUGAGCUGGGACGAGAGUGAGAGCGAGGAUUCUUGCGGGGACCUGAGCAGCGGCGAGGACAGUCCGUGCGGCUCUUUAGGAAGCGACGGCGAGGGAGCCUUCUUCCCCUGCUCCUUCCACCACUGUGCAGACGGCUGACCAAAGAAGAGAAGCAGUGGCAGACAUCCACUGCGUCUUUCAGUCACAAUCUAUUUCAUGGCAACUUUUUCUGUUAAUGUGCAUGUUUUGAAUCUUAAAUGUGAAUCUGUAUUCCUUAGCGUUACCCCUGCUAGCCCCUUCCCUCUUAAUGCACUUAAGCCUGCAGCUACUCAAUAGAUGUUUUUUAUUUUUAUUGUUUUUUAUUUGUUUGUUUUUUUGCCAAAGCAAACCUAAAUCAGCAUGGCUGUGUAAGUGUUUAUGGGGUUGUUACUGUUGAUAGAGAGAUCUUUCUUUAUCUAUAGUUGCAACAUCAGCAGGCAAAAAACUGUAGAACCAAACUAGACCAGAUUACACGAAACUAGAUAUUUGAAUGGUUGUUAUGGCAAUAACAUAUUUUUAACAUUGACUUCUGUUUGCGAGUGUAGCGGUUGAAGGAGAUCACACCUGUUAUUUAACAGGCUUUUUCAUCCUACUUUUCUGCUUGAACAGAUAUAAAAGAGGGAUUUAGGGGUAGAUGGGGAUUCGUCCUUUGUGUGUUGAUGCAAAAUGUCAGAUCGUCUAUGAAAAAGUGCCUGUGUUACAUCUGCUUGCUGAGUGUGUGUGAUAAAUAUGUGACAUAUCUUAAUAAUUUAGUCUAGAAAAUUGUAAUAAUUAAGGCGGCUUGAUGAUAGAACUUUUCAAGUCUUCUUUCUAGUUGGUUUUUUUCAACUACGACACAUUUAAGUAGAAAAGUUGAAGCACAAAUGACUUGAUCUGCCUCUUUAUGUUGCACAUUCAGUCUGAAAACCAGCAGCCAACAUCCUCAGUAGUUGUUUUUCUAAUACCCGUACCAUGUAAUAACGUGCAGUGUUCUGUAUAUACACACAUGUAUGUUUGCUAACAUUAUUCCAAUAUGUCAUUUUAUGUUAUUGGGACUAAACUGUUAAUGCAUGAUGCACUCAAAUGUGAAUAUACCGUGGUUCAUGUUAACCAAGAUAAGCUCAUGUCAAAGACAAAAUGUAAAAAAAAAAAAAAAAUGUAAAUAUCAUGUAAAAGACAAUAUAAAAAGCUUGUUUUGUGAUGUCAUAUAUCAGUUACUGUAUUUAUAUUUUAUGUGGAAUACAGAGAAAGGACACAGAUAACCCUUAUGAAUAAAACCAGAUAUAUUUUUA